AUCGAACAACAUGAGUUGCGCCAAACCAGAACCACACGACAGUGUGAAAGUAAGUCGAUUCAGCUGCCUUGGUAUUCGGUAGCAUUUUCGCGUCAUUUCAAAGAGUUGCUUCCGACGAAAAAGCAAGUAUGGUCGAAGGUCCCUCCCCAACCGAUUCGUCGGGACCACCACUCUCCGCCACCGUCCCCAGUCCGACAAAACAACAGCAGCCCCAGAUCCGCCCGCCGCCAGAAGAGGAAGAUGAAGUGAAAAAUUUCACGUUCAAAGACGCCGGUUCGCUGGGCGUCGAAUUUGAAGACUUCGGGUACCCCUUUCGGAUCAUCAAUCUGCACGAGGGACUCUGCAAGAAGUAUUUUCCGACGACCUUUCCAGUACCGUGCGAGUUGGUUUCCGUCAAUGGGGUGGCGGUCACGAAAGAGACCGACUGGGAUCGGGAUUUGGUAUUCGUGCUAGCCUUUGAGAUACAAAGCACUAUGGUGCUGCAGUUGUAGUCCUACUUUCGCUUUCCUACUUACCGGUAUUAAUAUCAUCUCUUCCAGCACGACUGACAAAAAAAACUUCAGGUUCCGCAAAUCCAGACCCGGCCUCUCCGUCUUGGCGUCCAGAAACGGGAAGAGGAGCAGGGUGUUGCGUCCGCUUUGUUCUCCUCCCUGUCCAGCGCUGCGUCGAACGCCGCGAGCCUUGCGAAAGAUAAAAUUGAAUCCGCGAAACAGGAUAUCGCAACAACGACCGCAACCUCCUCUGUCGCCGCGAAAUUGCAGAAUUUGAAAACCACUGCCGCCGCGAACACAAAUUUAGAUUCCGCUUCGUCGGUUUUAGGAACAUUUGGGAAAUCGGCGCUGCAGUUAUUUCAGCAAGAAUCCGAAGACAAUCAGGACUACACUGCGAAUCCGGAUGGCACGCCAGUGAACGGAACUGAAGGUGGCGCGUUUUCCGCGCUGGGGGCUCUGUCGGGAAAACCAGCGGCAGGAGAGUCAGGAGUGGCUGCGCAACCAGCUACUUCAAAGGCUGAGUUUACACCGAGCUCAAGGACCACGACGAAUCCUGCAGCGACAGGCACAGCCCCGGCGGCUCCCGCCCCAAGUGUAGAGAAUGCGAACAAUAUCGAGCCAGAGAGCAGCACCGCGAAACAAGCAUUCCCGACUCCAGACUCCUCGCCUGAUCUCAGCUUUUCUUUGCAGCCUGCAAAUAAAACGUCGGGCCAGAAGACUGAGCCCCCUCCGGUCCUCGUUGCUCCACCAGCAGAUCAUGUUGUAAGCCAGAAACGCGGUGUGCUUCUCGUCGGCAACACCCCCGCGUCGUCCUCUACUAGCAGUAAAGUAAAUCCGCAAAAUCCUAUAACCUCAUCCCCGUCCAAAAAUUCCACGUACGAGUACACCGCGAUGAUCAUGGGGCAAGGCCCUCUAGGUUUGGAGUUCUACCUGAUGCAGGACAACUACAACAGCAGCGACGAAGAUUUCCACGGGGAUCACCGAGGUUUGGACAGACGGCCAGCGCGGAUUUUCGUGAAAAAAUCCGAAACGGUGGAUAACCCAGAUAAUUCGGAAGUCGCCUGCUACCGGAUGGGAAUUCGGUUAAACGAUGAAUUAACCCAUAUCGACGGGCAGCCGGUGGCGUUUGAAUCUCUUGGGGCGUUGUAUGCGGUCUUGGAUAGCAUGCGGCCGGUUCAGUGCUCGUUCUCCAGGAUCGUUGCUUCUAGUAGUAGUACCGCGAUAAACUCGGUUUCUUCAUCGAGGCAGAACUCACCUUCGAAGACGAAGACGCCGAGCUUGUUGACCACAACUCCGGGGUUGAUACACCCGCAGCCACCAACCGUGUCGAAAACGAGCAACACCAGCGAGGAGCUGACGUUCUCUACUUCGAAGCUUGGCGCUAAUGUGUCACCGGGGAGGUCCAAAGACGCCGCUGCUGCGUCGCCAAUAGCGAGAACCUCUUCUAGCGUCGCGAAAAAGGAAGCACCGAGCAGCAGUCCGCCCCCAACUACAACGGGACCACCUUCUGGUGCCGCAGCCGCGGUUGAGCAUGACGCAUCAGCGGCGCCAACCGAAGCCUCAACAUCAUCGAUUCCCGAAUCCGAAGCGCACCAGAUGGCGAAGCACUGGGAGAAGCAGUCCAAGGAUUACCACCAGCAACUGAUCCAAUUGACCAAUGAAUACAACUCCUUAGUCACGCACAACGAGGAAUUAGAGACAGAAAUUGAGCAAAAUUGGAAGCAACGGAUCACAGAGUUAGAAGACAUGAACCUGAAAUGGCAGACGCGGUACGAAAAGCAGAAUCACGAGGUUAUGCAUUCCAAAUAUGUCUGGGUCUGGAAGGAUGCAAUUUGUGCUGCUAUCUUCGGACUCGAAAGAAAUCUGUAUUGCAUGACAGGCAAGACAACUCCAGUCUGUGCUACGCGGAGAGGGCAUUUCUCAUGUGGAAAAGGCAUCAGAAAGCCGUAUGAAAAUCUGUGAUGCUAGGUCAUGCAUUACAGGCGUCAUGGGUCGGGCGAGAUAUGCAUGACAAACCUGGCAAUCUUCCAGACCCAGACACAUUUGCAUUUGAUAGAGGUAGAACGACUCCAAAACUGGGUCAACGACCACCGGAAUGACGCGCAGGUCUUGCAGGAGUUGAAAAACGACAAGAACAACCAGCAGAAUGACUUGAAACUCCAGCAGCUAGAGGAGGACUUGGCGAAGACAAAGCAGAAAUUGAUAGAGCAAACCGCAGAACGGGAUAAUUUUGAGAAACAGGUGCUUGAUUCGAAGCAAACGGCGACGAAGUUGCAGGAGGCCUUGGAUUUGUUGCAGAAUGAGCAUAUGGAGGAGCAGGACCGGCUGCAGGAAUCUGUCGCGAUAGCGAAUAAAGCGAAACGAGCGUUGCAGAUUCAGGUGGCAGAGUUGGAAGAGACGGUGCGGAAGAAAAAUGAAAACGUGACGAAGGAUGAAGUCAGGUAAUAAAAAAGAUGAAAUGCAUGAAUGUUUGCUCUUCAGAUUCCAUCUGAUGUCGUCGAGGAUGCUUCACAGGAUACGCUUCCCAUGCAUGUAUGAAAUGCCAUUGCAGCCAUUUAUCUUUAUCAGGUCCAGCACCGACAAAACACGGAUAGAGGAGCUGGAAAACCAGUCUGCCGUUUGGCAGGAGUCCUGCAUGAAGCUGCGGCAGGAGCGGGAUCACUUUUCCAGCUUGGUGGAUCAGUGCUUCGAGAAGAUGAAACGCGAAUCACAGGUAAGAGGACAAGUGUGCUGCGAUUUUGCCUUUGCACGUCCGGUUUCUUAUGCGUUUUUCAAGCAUGUUGGCAUUGUCGCAAAAAAAAAAUCAGGACCGCAUCUACCAAGUCGACCGACGGAUUGUGUGCGAUAGCCUCAUCCAGUUUUGCAAAGUCGACAGAGUCCUCGCCCGCUCUCUCCUUGACAAUCUGCUGCACGUUUCCGGCGCCGGAAGGCACAGAAAGAUGCUGGAGAGCAUUGACUCAGAGUACUUCGUUGUGCUUCUUUUCAAGGGCCCAUCCAUUAUGGCAAGACAUGACGUACACGUUCGCAUGAGAAUAACAUUUCGACUUGUUUGUGGUCAGCCAUGACAUCAAACACGUUAUACAUCAUGAACAUGAUCUAUCAGGCACCACGCCCAGAAGCUCGAGCUUCUUUCCAAACUCGCGGAUUCCCUCGGCUUCGACAUUCAGGAGCGGGAACAGAUCGGCUUGAACCGCAGUCAUUUGUUCCACACGUUACAAAACGAAGCGAAUCCGGUGAAUUUGGAUAACGACUCGCCGGAAGAUGGUGUGACAGCGAACGGUUCUACUGGUCGGACGUCGAUUGGUAGGCAGUUUGUCGAGUACUUGGAGAAAGAAGUUGCAGAGGCGGAGGCGGAAGAAUCCCAGUACACCCAGGUGAAGAGAAACAGUGGCAGUCAGAUGAACAGGGAGAGUAGUACUAGGGGCUCUAGCUCCACUGCGGCUGCAGUUUCAGCAGGUUCAUCUCCCGAGGUCGGUCGAGGCAGCCUCAGUGCCGAUGUUGGCAGAUCGCCAAACAGAUGACGAUGAGUAGAUGUAACAAGAAGUAAUUCUGCAGAGUUUUAGGCUCUACUCUGGUUCGAGGCCGCAAAAGUAGACAACGGCCUUGGUCUAGUACGAGAGUUUAUCUCUGAGUCUCAUCUCAACACACCACCUCUUGAUAUAAUACUUCGAAGAAAUAGGACUGCUUAGACUUCUGACUCAGCGCAAUCUUCGCAAAAGCUAGCAAACGCAAGAAGAACCGUCCACCAGCAUCGACAUCUUCUCUACUUUUUCAAGAAGCGAAACAC